AGGGGAAGAAAAUCGUGAUGCGAUUGUAUGGGAAGUUAACAACGGUGAUGCAAUUGAAGGAGAAGACCACGAUGUUGCAAAUGAAGUAGAAGAGGAUAUUAUUACCCACAACCUGAGACAGCGUUUAGAGGAGCACCUAGACCACCUGAUGGAAGGUAGAGUGAUUACAACUAUCCUGAUGGAGAACUUCAUGGUGUUCUUUGGACACCUCUUGUCAGACAGUUCAUACCCAGUGCCGCAACGAGCCAUUGGGGUUGGCAGUGCCUUUGAAGGCUGGAGUCCCCGGGAGGAGGAUGUUGUGUACCGUGUCCUUGUACCUCUCAAUCCUCCCCCGGGGCACACCUUCCAUCUGGAGAUGGACACCUCAGGGCAGUUGCCCGGCAGGAACUUCUUCAUCCGCGUGGAGCCGGUGUGCACCUGCCCAAGGGAGCAGCAGGAUGACAACGUGCUGUGCUCCCUCCACCACCACCCAGAGGAUGAGCAGAGGAGGAACGAGGAGCCCAACUUCCUAAACACCCUCGGCACUGGUUCCUACCUGGAUGUGGAGAAAACUGCCCGCUGGUUCUACCAGUUGGUGAGAGCGGCCUGGCCGGCUUUGCCUCAGUCACACAGUUGGCAAAUAGUGCUGCUGCCCUCCAGCCGCUGCUGCAAAUUCAAGGUGACCAGAGGCAGAAAGAGCCUGACGGUUGAGUUGCUCUUUGGAGUGCGAGAAGGCAAUUCAGACAUCUAUGUGAGCAGCCAGCCUACAGAGGCCCUCUUCACCCCAAGCACAGUGUGGCCUGAGACCUACGCCGUGGCAGAGAUGAAGUUCUUCAAGCUCAUUGCCCGGCAGGAUCCACUUAACAACUGGCAUCUCAAGUGCCUGCAUGUCUUGGCCCGAGCUCUUCUGGGCAUAGGUUUCUCCACCUAUACCCUGAAGACAAUUGUGAUGCACCUCCUGAACACCAUACCUGUGUUGCGGUGGCGCAUGAGGCAUUUCCGGCGGCGGCUGGGGAAUACCAUGGAGUACCUGCACGGUUCCCUGGAGGAGAAACGCCUUGACCACUUUGUUGUGGGCAACCGGACAUUUCCUCAAGAGAUUCUCUUGCCCCCUGAUGUCAAAACCGCCGAGCCACCCAACCUCUUCCAUCGCCUGGCUCAGGAUCCGGCCGCCCACACGCAGGCGAUGAACGAGUACUGUGAACUGGGACAUCGACUCGCAAGAAUGCUGCACGACGGCCGUUGAAAGAAGUCUUCCUGCACACAGCUGUGCUUGGGGGACUCACAGCUGGUCAAGGACAAGCACCUCCUACCGCAAGGAAAAAAGAGAGGAGCAUGUGGG